UCACGUGACGGCGAGUGACGUCACCGAAUGUUGUUGUCGGGGCGGGCGGGGCCCCGCUGCAAAGAUGGAGGGGCGGCGGGGCGCGCGCGGGGCGGCGCGGCCGGGCACCGCGCAGGGGUCCCGGGCGGCGUGGGCACAGCCCCAGCACCGCGGCCGGCGCUGACGGUCUCUCCGGAUUGCCGCCUCUCCGCGCCCCCCCCGGCACCGCUGUCACCCGCCGGCCACCAUGGACCCCCAGAGCGAUGCAGAGGGGGGGUCCGGUCGUGAGCCCUCGCUGGAGCUCCUGUCUUGCGCCCAGCUCCACGCUACCCACCCCACCUCAGGGGCGGAGGGGCCGGCGGAGGCGCGAGGGGCAGCCGAGGCGUGCGGGGAGCGCCGGGGGCCGGGGCUGGACGCGGCGGCGCGGGAGCGGCAGCUGCAGCGGGAGCUGUUGGCCCUCAAGCAGCAGCAGCAGCUCCAGAAGCAGCUGCUCUUCGCCGAGUUCCAGAAGCAACACGAGCACCUCACCCGCCAGCAUGAGGUCCAGCUCCAGAAGCACCUCAAGCAGCAGCAAGAAGCGCUGGCCGCCCGCCGGCAGCAGGAGCUGGAGCAGCAGCGGCAGCGGGAACGGCAGGAGGCCCUGGAGCAGCAGCAGCGCCUGGAGCAGCUCCAUGCCCUGCGCACCAAGGACAAGAGCCGUGAGAGUGCCAUCGCCAGCACGGAGGUGAAGCUGAAGCUGCAGGAGUUCCUGCUCAGCAAGACGAAGGAGCCGGGCACCGGCCCCCCCAACCAUUCCCUCCCCCAGCACCCUAAAUGUUGGGCUCAUCACACCUCGUUGGACCAGAAUUCCCCCCCCCCAAACCGGCAGCCCGGGACACCCCCAUCCUACAAACUCCCCCUCCUCGGCACCUACGACGGCCGGGAUGAUUUCCCGCUUCGCAAAACCGCCUCCGAACCCAACCUGAAAGUGCGCUCGCGGUUAAAACAGAAGGUAGCGGAGAGGAGGAGCAGUCCCCUGCUGCGGAGGAAGGACGGCACCGUCAUCAGCACCUUCAAGAAACGAGCCAUCGAGAUCACGGUGUCCUCGGUGUGCAGCAGUGCCCCGGGCUCCGGGCCCAGCUCCCCCAACAGCUCCCACAGCGCCAUCGCCGAGAACGGCUUCACCGGCUCCGUCCCCAACAUCCACGCCGAGCAGCUCCUGCCCCAGCACCGAGCCCUCACCCUGGACGGCGCCAGCCAGCUCAGCCUCUACACGUCCCCGUCCCUGCCCAACAUCUCCCUGGGGCUGCAGGCCACCGUCACCGUCACCAACUCCCACCUCAACGCGUCCCCCAAGCUGUCACCGCAGGCGGAGGCCGAACGCCCGGCGGUGGCCGCCCUGCGCCCCGGGGCCGCCCUCACCGGCAAAUUCCUGAGCACCUCCUCCAUCCCGGGCUGCCUGCUGGGGGUGGCCUUGGAAGGGGACCCCUCCGCCGGCCCCGCGUCCCUGCUGCAGCACGUCCUGCUGCUGGAGCAAGCGCGCCAGCAGAGCACCCUCAUUGCUGUGCCGCUGCACGGGCAAUCGCCGCUGGUGACGGGGGAGCGCGCGGGGAGCGUGCGGACGGUGAGCAAGCUGCCGCGGCACCGGCCCCUGAGCCGCACGCAGUCGUCCCCGCUGCCCCAGAGCCCCCAGGCCCUGCCCCACGGCUCCCUGCCCCACGGCUCCCUGCCCCACGGCUCCCUGCCCCACGGCACUCUCCAGCAUCAUUUCCUCGACAAGCAGCAGGUUCAACUGGGAAAGCUGCUCCCCAAGCCGGGGGAGCUGGCGCGGCAGCCCCCCACCCACCCCGAGGAGACGGAGGAGGAGUUGACGGAGCAGCAGUCGCCCCCCCCGGGUGACGGGGCCACCCCCGGACCCCCCCUCACCCUCGUCUCUCCGGAUGCCGGGGACCCCCCGGAGCGGGUACAGGACCCCGAGGGCUGCGGGGUGCCCUGCGAGGAGCCGGGUGACAGCGGGGACGAGGUCGAUGUCCCCGGGGUCCCCGACGUCACCGACCUGGGGGUCACGUACAAGCAGGUGUUCCCCGAGGCACCGGUGCAGCUGUACCCCGCGCCCCCCCUGGGUAUCCUGGCGUUAUCCCACCCGGCUCUCGCCCGCACCCAGUCGUCCCCCGCCGGCGCCGGCAUCAAGCCCCCCGCACCCGAUGGGCCCCCCAAGCACCUCUUUACCACAGGCGUGGUGUACGACACGUUCAUGCUGAAGCACCAGUGCACCUGCGGGAACACCAACAUCCACCCCGAGCACGCCGGCCGCAUCCAGAGCAUCUGGUCCCGUCUGCAGGAGACCGGUCUCCUCGGCAAGUGUGAGCGCAUCCGGGGCAGGAAGGCGACGCUGGAGGAGAUCCAGACGGUGCACUCGGAGCAUCACACGCUGCUCUAUGGCACCAGCCCCCUCAACCGCCAGAAGCUCGACAGCAAGAAGCUCCUGGCUCCCAUCAGCCAAAAGACGUACGCGGUGCUGCCGUGCGGGGGCAUCGGGGUGGACAGCGACACAGUGUGGAACGAGAUGCACUCGUCCAGCGCCGUGCGCAUGGCGGUGGGCUGCCUGGUGGAGCUCGCCUUCAAGGUGGCCGCCGGCGAGAUCAAGAACGGCUUCGCCGUCAUCCGCCCCCCGGGACACCACGCAGAGGAGUCCACGGCCAUGGGCUUCUGCUUCUUCAACUCGGUGGCCAUCUCGGCCAAACUGCUCCAGCAGAAGCUCAGCGUGGGCAGGAUCCUCAUCGUGGACUGGGACAUCCACCAUGGGAACGGGACCCAGCAAGCCUUCUACAGCGACCCCGACGUCCUCUACAUCUCCCUCCACCGUUACGAUGACGGCAACUUCUUCCCAGGCAGCGGGGCACCCGAGGAGGUGGGCAGCGGGAUGGGAGUGGGCUACAACAUUAACAUCGCCUGGACCGGCGGCGUCGACCCCCCCAUCGGGGACGUGGAGUAUCUCACCGCCUUCAGGACCGUGGUGAUGCCCAUCGCCAACGAGUUCUCGCCAGACGUGGUGCUGGUCUCGGCCGGCUUCGACGCCGUCGAGGGUCACCUCUCCCCGCUCGGCGGCUACUCCGUCACCGCCAAAUGUUUUGGCCACUUAACGAAGCAGCUGAUGAUGCUGGCGGGGGGCCGGGUGGUGCUGGCGCUGGAGGGGGGGCACGACCUGACGGCCAUCUGUGACGCCUCGGAGGCCUGCGUCUCCGCUCUGCUCGGCCUGGAGCUGGAGCCCCUGGAUUCAUCCCUCCUGCAGCAGAAGCCAAACGUGAACGCGGUGGCCACCCUGGAGAAGGUCAUCGAGAUCCAGAGCAAGCACUGGGGCUCGGUGAAGCGCUUCGCGGCGACCGUGGGCUGCUCCUUGCUGGAGGCGCAGAAGGGGGAGGCGGAGGAGGCCGAAACGGUGACGGCCAUGGCCCUGCUCUCGGUGGGCGCCGAGCAGGGGAGCGCCGACCCCCAGCCCAGGCCGGCGGAGGAGCCGAUGGAGGCUGAGCCCAUGCUGUGACCCACCGGCCCCUCGCCGCACGGCCGAGAUUUUUUUCCGUUUUCGAAAAAGAAAGAAACACCGAGAAGAAAAAACACACACAAAGAAAAUCACGUUAAAAAAAAAACAAAACAAAAAAAACACACAUUAAAAAAAAGAAAAGGACAAAAAAAAAAAACCCGAAAUGGAAGAAACCGUGAGGAAAAACAGAAAAAAGAGGAAAAUAUUUUCUUUUUCUAUUAAAAAGAGGAGAAAAACACAAAAAAAUACCAACUCCCCCGUCCUGUUGGACCCCAGCUCCACGCGGUGUUUGCGGUCGUGUCUCUUGUGAAGCAUCAGUUCCACCAGCACCCCAGCUCCUCCUGCCCCCUCUGUCCGUCCGUCCCUCUGUCCGUCUGUUGGGUUUUCCUGUCGCUGCCCCGGGCCCCCCUGGCCCCCCACUGCAGCUCCCCUCUUUUUUUUUUUUUUUAGGGGGAUUUCCUUGUUUUCUCCCCUUUUUUUUUUUCCCACUCGGUCCCUCUCCGGCUCCGGUGUCUGUCCCCCCCCCGGGGGGAGGCGAUGGGAAAUAUUCGUGCCUUUAAUUCAGUUUUUUUUUAAUGCCUUAAUUUCCCUGUGAUUUUGGGGGGUUUUCUCAAUUUUCUUCUUUUUUUUUUUUUUUUCCCCCCCCUUGGCGUCCCUGUUUCAGAGGGGGACAUGAGACGCAGGGGACGAGCCCCGUCCCUUUGUCACCCUGGGUCGAUGGGUGACGGAUCCCAGCGCCUUCGUUGGGAUAAAACUUUGUCUGUUCUUAAAAGAGAGGAGAAAAAAGGAAAAAAGACACACCAAAAAAAAAAAAAAAGAGGAAAAAACCACUUUAUUUUCCUGUUAACUUCACCAGCCGGAGGGGACUUGGAGCGAUUUUAGCUUUAAAAGAGAGGAGAGAAAAAAAAAAAAAACAACAAACCACCCACACAAAACAAAGGUAUAUAAUUUUAUUACAGAUGUAUUAUUUAAUAGUAUUUUUUUAAUGGGUGGCACCGGCCACGGGUCCCGGCGCGGAGGGGGAGGAUGGGGACAGCGCUUUGUGUUUUAAGUUAUUCCGGGGGGGGUUUGGGGUGGCUCUGGGGAGGUCCCCAAAUUGGGGGGGUGGUGGCGGAGAUGGGGAUGAGCGUGUCCCCUGUCACCUCCCCUGGCCCCGGUGGCGGGGCGGGGGGGGGGGGGUGUCACCAAGUGCUGCAGUGAUCCCAGUCUGGCUGUCCCCAACACUGGGGACAACACCUUGGCCCCAAGGUGGGGGCUCUGUUGGGUGGUGGUGGCAGCCCGGGACCCUCCUCAUCCCUCCCCAUCCCAGGAGGAAGAAACACCUCACAUAGAAACUAACCACCUCCUGGGGGGGGGGGGGCAAGGGGUGCUGGCCCCCCAGCAGCGAGGCCAUCUUGCUUUGGGCUGGUGUCGUCAUGUCCCCCCCGCCUCCGUUGUCCGCCCCCUGCCCCAGCCCUGCCUCGGUUUCUUUUCUGUCCGUCCGACGCCCGCUCACGCGCUCUCGAUAUGGUUUUCAGUUGAGUAUUUUGUAAGAUGUUACCGAUGUUCGUCCUUGUAUAAAUAAAACUGUUUCUGGCAAUA